CGAGUGGAAGCUGCGGUAAAAGAUGGUUGAGACGAGCUGCAUAGGUUUCCGCUGCUUAGACCGCGACGAGUGCUAUCACUAUGAUGAAGAGCUGAAGAAGGUGUCGUUCAUCCAUGACGGUGCUACCUGUGAGAACACGCUGACGGACGUGCAGCACACGUUCCGAUACCACGCCCAGAAUGGCGACGUGCAAAUGCUCACCGCGGAUGAGUUGCAGGAGCUUAUGAAAUGCACAUACACGAGCAAGUUGCUCUUCCAACGCACACAUCUGCUGCGUAACUAUGGAUUCUGGGGCUUCUCGGACUCCGUCUCGGAUGGGUUUGACCAGUUUGCUCCGCUCGGCCACAGUACGUUUCAAGUGUCGUCAAAAGUUGCGAUCGGCCACGUCUCGCUCCUCAGUCAUGUCGAGGAGAAGCCACUUGGUCUGUUUGCGGCAGAAGAUCUCGCCUGCUACGAGUUUCUGGGUGAGUACACUGGAGUGAUUAAAGUUGGCAUGAGCGAGAUGAACGAGUUCGAUCCGUACGGCAUCUCGUACCCUUCCGUGUACGAGGGCGGCAAUCUUUACGUCAGUGCGAGCGAGUACGGCAACUCUAUUCGCUGUAUUAACCACAGCGCCACCCCCAAUGCUCGCUUCGUGCCUAUGGUACACAACGGCAUUCUACGGAUAUUUUGCUUUGUAAUCCACGAGAUCGAGGAAGGAGACCAGAUCUUCGUCAACUACGGACCUUCCUAUUGGAAAUCCACAGGGAUCGAUCCCGUCGAAUUUUAA